AUGGUAUACUCGAUCGAGCUGGGCUAUGACCCAGAGGAAUGGGAGGAAUGUCCAGACGAUGAGUAUUUCAUGUUGUUCGGCUUCUUUACGAGGAUGUUCCUGUCGUUGGUUGCUGUUGGCACGACUGCUUUGCUAUUUUGGUUCAUUGAAGCACGAAAACAAUGGGCUAAACUCGCUAAAGACACCACUGAGACACAACAAGCACCGAUCUAUAUUCAAACGCAGAUGACGACAAAAGGACCGGAGCAAACGAUUUUACGCGUCAAGGAAGGCUUAACUGCAAAAGAUGUAUCGUUGCCUAAAGGAGAACAAUACCAACAACGCGAUGAAUCUACGUUCUCGAAAGAAGAGCAAGAAGCAUUGGAAGAAUGGCGUCGUGAAGUGGCACGCUUAGAAGAGGAUCGCUUACGACAGUUAGAUGAUCACUUCAGCGGUGAAUCUGAUCGACUGUCCGAGAUUGAAACUGAAUCACAACUUAUCGAUGCGUUGUUGCCAACCGAUGAGAUCAGCUAUGAUUCGCAAGGAACUGAUGUUGAUCAAUAUGAUUAUCUCAAGGAUAUCGGAGCAACCCCAACAUGUACACCUCAAGAUAGUGCAGAUGCUACUGGAGAAAAUAUACAUCUGGAUGAGGUGAAUAGAAGAUUGGAUGCGCAUGAUCAGUCUCUAAAGUAUUCGUUUAGUAUCAGAAAAUUUAUAGAAUCUUCUGAGAACGCCGGAACACUUGACACGACCUUCUGA